AGAAGUUCUUUUUGAAAUAAUAAACGCGAAAACUGCACACAAAUCGUGAGAAAACUAUCUUGAACUGGCGAAUAAUCGAGAAUGUUCCAGAGGGGAUGGAUAUAAAAAUCUUGUUAACUUUUUCGACUGUUGCAUGGUUUCCCAGAUUCCCGACUGAACAUCCUUCUGCGAAGUAGUUCAACAAAAUGACCACGAAUAGCGCUGCAAGUAUCUUUUCGCUGGUCUGCUGGGUUGUUUUACCUUCAUUCUGUCAAGUUUGUUGUUGCGUUGCGGCGUGUUUUUAGUGGGAUUUUCUAAAGUUUCGGGAAGAUUUUCUUAAGGUUUAUUGAGGAAGUUUAAUAAGGAUUUAAAGCCUUAACCAGUCGUAGAUUAACAUUACAACAAAAGCACACAAUGUUCUGUAACGAGCAAAAGGUAUUACAAUGUAAAAUGGAAGAGAUCGUAGAAGAGGAAUCAAUAUAUGAUAUUCUUAGAAGACUAGAAAACAAAGUUGAUGAAUUAACAAGGGAGAAUAAAGAUCUCAAAACACAAUGUGCUGCCAUGAAAGACACGUUAGACGAAAUUAACAGUAAUCAAGAAAAAGUCAAUCUCCAGCUCAAAAAAAUUAAUAAGAAUUUCCAGGGUGCUCAAAAAACAUUUCCAAUCCAAAAUAUCGUAAAGUUGAUGGAACUAGAAGAAAAUAUGUCAAAUCCCGGAUUCAAAGCUGCAAUUGAAACAGAACUCCGAAACAUAUUAAGGAAAGACGAUAAGAAUUUCCUCACAAAAAUUGCUACACUGGAUACAUUAAAAAGUUUUAAUGUUACUGGAAGGGGGAAAAGGAAGAGUAUCUUGGACUAUUAUGUGUUCCAAUAUUGUUUAGAGAUAAUGGAGAUGACACGAAGUGAUCUUCGAAAUCACUUGGAAAGAUGGCAAGCAGUAUAUCGUACUCGAGAGUAUAGAAUGAUAAAGAAAUCCUCCGCCAAAAAACCUGAAAUGGACAAGGAUAAGAAGGUUAUUGAUUUGAAGGAACUAACGCCUAUUCCCAAGUCUCAAGUUCCUAAGAGUAUACUGAGUGCUGCUACUACUCUAUGUGAAGAUUUACCAAAACCCUUCUCAUCUAAAGUCAAUCAAUCACCCGAGUCAAAAAAACUAAUAAUAAUAGGAAAACAAAAUAAGUCUUGAAUUGUUAUAAUAAAAAAAAAUGUGUGAAUAAAUUUGUAUGAAAACUAAA